UGACUGAUAGGAAAUUUUUAUGGAUUUAAAAAGUGUAGUUUUUAUUUUUUUAGCAUAACUUUAUGCGAAUUGACAUUUUUGUAGCACAAAAACAAUCAUUACUGCUAAAACUUACCCAUAAUUUUUGCUUACGACAGAAAACACCUUUCUAUACAAAAUAUAAAAAUCUUAAAAACCCAAUUAUGUGAUUUAUGAGCUUAUAAAUCACAAAAAUUAUGUUAUAAGCCAUUUGUAUACAUAGCACUUAUUUUUAUGUUUCCGAUUUUACCGUCCGAGAAUUAAAUUUAAACUGAAUAAUUAGAUUUUUCGAUAUCAUUUCAGAGGUUUAUAAAUGAGGAAAAUAUUGUUGCAGAAAUAUAUUUACAUUAUAUGGCUUAUUAUAACAGAAAAAAAUAUGGAACACCAAUAAUGGUUGACAUCACGUUUGAAGAAGAUUCUAUCGUAUUAAAUUGUAAGAAAAAAUCAGCAUUAUAUAAAUACCAUUACAACGAAAAUGGUAUUAAAAGGCUUGAGAAAUUCAUUCAAGAUAUUGACAAUAAUAUUAAAUUCAAAGUAGUUAAAAUUUAUAAAAUUAAUAAUGAUGAUGUUACACCUUUAAUAAAUGAUACGAUUUAUGAUAAAGAAAUAUUACUUCAACUAAAAAAUAUUCAACAUUUGUCUUUAUGGAAUUAUGUCAAAAAUGAUCUUAUUAUAUUGAACUCUAUUGAAAAAUCCUAUACAACGCUUGAAGAUUUAAUUAAUAAUUCAACGACAUACAAAAGAAGUCUUCAAUCGACUCUUGAUGAAGCAAUAAAAAUUAUGUAUCAUCGAUCUAUUAGAUAUGUGAUUUUGCUAUCUGCAUAUGCCUAUGAAGCUCUAUUUAUUGAAUAUGAUACAACAUCAUAUUGGCAACAGUUAUUAGAAGUUUCUGAUAANAAAUAUGAUACAACAUCAUAUUGGACACAGAUAUUAGAAGUUUCUGAUAAAAUAAGUUCGGCAAUGUAUAAAUUGGAUCGCUAUAACAGUUUAAGUUACGACUUGGAUCUAUUUAAAGACCAAGAGAAUGACGGAGAAAAUAAAAUUGCUCUAUUUAAAGGAAUGGUAAACAAAUAUGUGUAUUUCCUCUUAACACCUGAAAAACUGAAAAAAUACGGUUUUAUAAAUGAAUUUACAGUACAGGAUCUUUGUAAUAAUCAAGUACUACCACAACGUAUACUAAAUAAAUUGUUAAAAGGAUUUCCCAAACAACAAGAUAAUGAAGAGCCAUACAAUUUUCAUGAUAUACAGCAAUUUCAUGAUACACAAAACUUUCAUGAUUUAGAAAAAAAUCUAGAUGAAAUAAUGAAAAAAUUAGAGAUCAUUUUCAGUUUAAUUCACGCAGAAUAUAACACAAUUGUCUAA